AUGAGGGACCUGGCUUUACUACUUGGCCUGCUCUCUUUCCAGUUUCAAUUCCCUUUCGGUUUUCCUGCAAGAAACAUUUCUCUCAAGUGCAUGCAAGAUACUGAUGAAUUCCUUUCUGAUCUGAAUUCAAUGAAGCCCAAAGAAUACGCUUUAAGAAUGUAUGACUCCGUGGGGAAGCUUGGGAGCAACGUUCUUAAUGGAAACCUCGACAGGCUGGGGUCCUACAGCGAGUGCCUCUCCACCCGUGCCCCGACGGGCAGCUUCCAAGGGCAGUACUGCAAACUUCACAUGCUGCAGGAUGGAGCUGACUACAGUGUGGGCGUGUGCGUCCCCAAUUCCUGUGCUGAAGAGGACGUGACUAUGAUGUCACGACUGGAUAUUUUAAGAUUCAGAAACACAUCGUUUCUGGCCCCUUCCCUCUCUCUGUUUACAACAAAUCCUUCCUCCUCGCCUGGUGGCGGUGUGGCCAGAUGUGCUGCUGGCAAGUUCCCCCUGGACCUGUUCGCUGCCGUGUGUCUGUUCGUUGUGCUGCUGGGCCUCGCCCUCCCUCUGGCUGGAACCCUCUUCGUGGCAGCCAGCGCCUGGGGGUCAGCCCCUGGGACACUGUCAGUUCAUGGAGCCCCUUCUACCACCUACGGGAGUCUGCCUUUGAGAGAGCUGGAGAGCGAGGAGCAAAGAAACAAAAUUGGAGAGGCUGAUGGGUUGCCCCCUCUCUUACCAGCAGGAGCCCCAAGCAGAGGAAAAAGGUUCCUAGGAGCCAUGGGCCGUGUCCUGCAGUGCUUCUCCUGGCAGCAGACCGUGCCGGCCAUCCGGACUGCGAGGGCGCCAGGAGGCACCUGCCCCGUCCUGGACGGCAUCCGCGUCUCCAGUCUACUCUGGAUCAUCUCGGGACACGCCAGCCAGAUGACCGCGUGGCUCUCUUUGGAUAAUGUGCUUGAAUGGAGGACGAGGGUGCUUCAAAACCCACUGCACCUCUACUCUCGCAGCGGCCCGUUCUAUCUCGGGGUUGAUUCGUUUUUCCUGAUCAGUGGUUGGCUAAGUGCAAGGUCAUUUCUAAAGAUGCAAGAGAAUUCAGACAAAGGAAUAACACCCAAGGUCAUACUCAGAUACUUUUUCAAUCGCCUUAUAAGGCUGCAGCCUCUUCACAUGUACUCAGUGUGCCUGCUGGGUGGACUGUUCGCUCUUGUCCCCUGGGGACCUGUCUGGGAAGUGCCCAAGUUCCACUGGGAUAACUGCCGGCAAGCGUGGUGGACGAAUCUGCUGUUGCUGAACAACUUCCUGUUGGUUGGGAACGCGUGCAACGGCUGGACGUGGUACCUGGCCGACGACUUCCAGUUCCAUCUCCUGACACCGCUGAUCGUCUUCCUCCAUGGAAAGAGUAGACUGGUCCUUGGCCUCCUCGGCGCGGGGCUGUUCUUGGCAUCUUUCACGGCCAGUGCCCUGCUCACACUGGCUCAUAAGCUCCCGGUGGCGUCUCCAUCAGCAGCCAGUGAAGACGUGGCUGUGCUGUACUUCCUGCAGUACUACACCAAGCCCUACUGCCGGCUGGGGCCCUUCCUCCUGGGUCUCUUCCUGAGCAUUUUCAUGCACCAAAACCACCAGGCGAACAUUCUCCGAAGCAAGGCGCAGGCCCUGCUGGGGUGGACGUGCUCCCUGCUCACCCUGCUUGCCGUGGUCGCUCUGGCGUACGCAGUGGAUGACACCCCUGCUGCCCCUGCGGUGGCCACUGCUCUCUACCAGGCCCUCCACCGGACCCUGUGGGCAGCGGCCGUGGCCUGGGUCAUUUUUGCCUGCCAGGAAGGCUAUGGAGGUCCGGUGACCCGGGUGCUUUCUUGUGAUGUCUGGAGCUUCCUGGCCAGCAUCAGUUACGCCUGCUACUUGGUGCAUCCGAUUCUGAUCCUCCUCUACAACGGCCUGCAGGAAACACUCAUUCACUACACCGACACCAACAUGUUCUACCUCUUCUGUGGACAUUGUGUGCUGACUUUCCUCGCUGGGCUGGCCCUGACGCUGUCCAUCGAGAAGCCAUUUCAGCAACUGAUGCGCCAUCUGUGAAGUCGGCACCUGCGGUGCCACCAGCGUCCUGUUAAAACCUGAAAGACUGGCUGCCCCGUCGCUCCUGGGGUUGCGCACAGGCAGAGGUAGCUUUGUUUGUGUCGCUGAGUCACAGGUCUGAUUUAAUGCAUGCAAGUUCUCCAGGUGUCCCAUGAAAAGAUUCCAUCACAAUAUCUUUCAGUAGCACAAGCACUCCCGUUGUGCCUUUUAGCAAAAAGAUCUAGUUGUUGUUGUGUUUUUUUUUUUCCCGUCGUGGCUUGUAUUUUGAUUUUCUCUAUCAAUGAUCAUCAUAGUGAUAAAUUAAACUGGGGAUCCGGCCUGAAGAAUGCCCAAGCAGACAAAACCAGACAGACCUCACAAGUGAUCUUUACCUUGCUUGAUUUGCAGAUAGAAGCAUAACUUAAGGUGAGCUAUUUCUUGAAAAUGCCUUUAUUCAAGAAAAAACAGAACUUAAGUGCAACCAAUCAAAAGCAGCCAACACAUUUAUAAUUACAUAACUAGGGACUUUCCAACAAGAUAAGUCAAAUCAACCAUGUAGCCAUCACUAAUCUUUGUUUUCUUUCUAACUGCUUUGUUUCCUUUCUGUCUGUCCUGUCAAAGCCUCCCCUUGCAUUGCCUCAGUGCAGAACCUGAGUCACUUCUGAUUCCCACACACCUGAUUCAUGAAUCACUGAUUGUUCAAA